AUGUCGCGACUGUAUGGAUCGGUUAUUCCGUAUCUGUUGGGUGUCUAUAUUCUUUGCGCUCUCUCGGUCGUCACUGUGGGCGUUACGUCUAAAAGUGAUUGCUUGCAUCUUAGCAAAGCAGUUGUUUGCAGUGUUGACUGGUUCACUUUACUGGUCUCGUCUUUAUUGUUUUCAUAUCUCAUGUAUAUCGUUCGCAAAUUAGCCGGUGAUAUAAUUCGAAAACUGGGCAAGAAAUCUGCAAAAAAUAUUUUACCACUGGUCCUGUAG